AGAAAAUUGAUUCCUUUAGAAUUUGUUAUAUUUUCGUUGAAUGAACUACCUACCACCUUACAAAUCUCCCAAAAAUCGUGAAAUUGAUAUAAAUAUGAAUGGGAAAGCAUAUUUAAUAAAUACCAUGAAUAAUUGAUUCUGUAUAGUUGCUACGUUACUUAGGCAGUUUUGCAAUGUAAACAAAAACAUUUCUAAUAUUUGUAUUAGGAGUGUUGAAGUGGAAUAUUGUAGUGUUUGAAUAAGGCAGUCUUCUAUGGCACCAACAGAUACUUCUUCUGUAGAAGCUAAAAAUACUAUAGUAUUCAAUGCUUCGAAACAAGAAAUGUUCAAGCUGAAUGAAAACUUCAAAAUACUUCACAGAAAGCUCAAACUUUUUUCAAAAAUUGUGGUUAAUAAAGAAGAAAUAUCACCACAAGUUCUACAGAGCUGCAUGAUUAUCAUUCUGGGAGGAUCCCAGUUACCCUUUGAAGAAAAUGAAAUUAAUUGUCUUAAAGAUUUCAUUAAUAAUGGUGGAAGAGUGUUUGUUUUGUUGACAGAGAGCAGAAAAGAUGAAUUAUGUAAUAUUAAUAUUCUGUUAGAGAGCUUCGGAAUUGUUCCCAACAUUGAUUGUGUUAUUCGUACACAUUAUUAUAAGUACUUUCAUCCAAAGGAAUGUUAUGUGUCGGACAGCCAGAUAAACUCGACGCUCAAUAAAGAUAAAUUAGAUUUAAAUUUUAUAUACCCUUUCGGUUGCACACUGAGUGUUAGCAAACCCAGCGUAGUUGCUUUUACCAGUGGGUCCGCUUCAUUUCCUGUAGAUAGAUCGAUAGCAGCGUUAUACUAUGAUGAGAAAUCUGGUGGAAGAUUGGUUGCCGUGGGGUCUGGAUAUAUGUUUUCUGACAAAUACAUAGAUCAAGAAUGUAACGAUAAGUUAAGAGAAAUGUUAAUGGAUUUCAUGGUUGGCCAAGAACACAUUUAUUUUGCUCCAACAGAUCAUGAUGAUAUUGAGUCAACAGACCAUAAUAUAGUUCCAGAUACUGCCGAGUUAGCUGAAAAACCCAAGCUCUGUCUGACAGAUGCUAUUAGUCACAGUGGUUAUCUUGAUUACACUAAGCUAUUCGAUCAUAAAGUAUAUUCGAUGAACACCAACCUUGUGCCAGAAGCCUUGAAAUUAUAUAAAGAGCUAGGGGUUAAUCACGAGUCUUUGAAAAUUAUCACCCCAAAAUUUGAAGCACCAUAUCCUCCUCUACAGCCUGCCGUUUUUCCUCCAUCAUUUAGAGAUUUAUCUCCACCACCUCUGGAACUUUUUGAUUUGGAUGAUGCAUUCAGCUCUGUAUUUUCUAACCUGGCACAGUUUACUAACAAAUGUUUGAUGAAUAAUGAAAAUGAUGAUGAGCAUCAUCUUGAAUUUUAUAUAACAGAAUGUUCGAAGAUUUUAAACAUUGAAGAAAGUAGAAGCCCAAGUGAUGUUCUUCAUGAAAUUGGAAAUGAAAUUUCAAAAUUUAAAAGCAUAGAGACUAUUAAACUAUAGAAUCAUGUCAUGGUUUGUUAUACAACAAGUGAAAAAAUUUAGAUAUUUUUA